AGACUCCAGAGGUGUGGACGCUCCAGGUAAGACACAAACGAUAACAGCUCCUUCUCUAAAAGACAUUCCUGUUUCAUCGCUUAAGAUGUAUCAGGACACUGUUGAAUCUUCUGUAGACAUGGAGACAGGAUAUGGCUCAUCCUAUACUUCUGCCACACCUAAUCCAUCUGAAGUGGAUUUCCCAAUGCCUCCGUUUGAUCAUCAAGAAAGGCAGAAAUCACUGUAUCAGGGAUCUGGGAUUGGAGGUAAGGACAGUAACUCAGAUACAGAAAGAAAGCUUACUAAACUUCUUCUUGGGUCUGACAAAGGUCAGCUUGAUUCAUCCUACUAUCCAGUUCUGGUUGUCAACACACCUGCUCAACAGUUCAGUUCUGCAGAAUUGGAGGAACGGUUUGGCUUCAUGUCUUCUGUCAGAUGGAAUGUUGUCUUUGACUGCAAUGCAGAUUCCAACAAGAUGGGGCUCUGUCAGUAUGUAAAUCAGAGGAAAUCGAUCAAGAUCUUGAGUGCAGAUAAAUUUACAGAGACAGAGGAUGUAGAUGUCCUUAGAGAAGGAAUUGACUUCCCAGAGAUUCCUGUUUGGCUGUUCCCUAAUGGUCGGAAUGAUGUGAAUGUGGCAGGAAUGGACAAGAUGUCAGAUAUGGACUGGAUGAGAGAACGCUCACAUGCAGUCUUGAACACCGUCCGGUUCUUCUCUCACCCUGGUGUCAUUCCGCCAGGCAGAGCAGUCGUUGUGUUCUUCCUGCUUUCAUAUUCAGAUAUCAUGGUCAUGACACAGUUGUUCAAGGAGUUCUAUACUUCCAAAUCCUUUCAGGACCUGAAACAUUUCACUGUCAUCGCAGAGAAUCAGGGUAUACUGCACAAAUGGAUUCAGCAUCUUGAAAGUCAAAGCAUCGUUUCAAGCAAGGAUAUGAAAGAUAGAUGUCUUGGAGGAGUGCCAUGGCAGGAGAUCAACACAUACAUGUUGAGACUUCUAGGAUCAUGUGAGACGCGUUUGCCAGAACUUCCUAAGUUUCCAAGAGGACAGUGCGAACUAAGGAAGAAACACCAGAGUCAGUGGUCGGACAUAUCAAUCCUAGCAAAGAAUGAGUGUGAAAACACUUCUAUGGAUGAGAGUAACCCCAAAUUCUUGGACUUUGUUCAAGAGAAAGAGUCUCGAUUCUAUCAAGGUCAUGAAGUUGACUGGUGGAAUUUCUAUCUGUCAGAAGAGAGGUUGAAUGGAGGCAAGGGCUUCAAUCAUGUUCUGAAGCGUCAGGUCUACAAGAGGCUCUAUUCUGAUGUUCAUGAAGUACUCGAUUCUCAAGGCAAGAAGGUCUCUUCCAUUUCAAUGGCAACUGUCUUUCAUGAAGCAGGUUCAGGAGGCACAACGGUAGCAAAGAACCUCUUGUGGGACUUUCACCGACAAUACAGAUGUGCAGUUGUCAAUAGGUUCACUAAUGACACAGUGAAUCAGAUUGUUGCCUUUCACAAGUAUGGCUACGAGGAAGGACAAGAGCCAGGGCCAGUUGUCCUCCUCUUGGAAAACCUGAAUUCUGAGACCAUGCGACCGUUUCUAAUAAGCCUUGAAAGAGAAACCAGGUACUUAGAAAACAAUGGAUUGGCUUUUGUUCUCAUCCAUUGCAAAAGAACCUCAGAGCCGCAACGCCAUCAGCAGAAGGAAGAAUCAAAGUCAUGCGUUUGUGUUGAACAUAAACUAACAGCAGAAGAGAAUCAGUGGUUCACAAAGAAGACCAAAGAUCUUGAGCAGAGGAGUGUGUUCAGUGAAGAGGAGUCUCCUGAGCUCCUUCUUGCUUUCAUGGAGAUGAAAAAAGAAUGUGAUCCUGAAUACCUGAAAAAGGUUGUGAAGGGCAUUCUUCCAAGAGUUGGCAAAGAAUCCAAGAAUGCACUCAAUCUAUUGAAGUAUAUCGCUGUAGUGCAGAAGUACAAUCCUGGUUUUGCAAUGCCUGUUUCUGCCUGUGAUGGUUUCAUGCAAAGUCAAGAUAGAGUGAUGUCCAGUGGUCGGCAAUACACAUCUGGACCCUGGGAGAAAAAUAGGCAACCAUUCCUGGAACUGCUUCUCCAUGAAGAAUUCAUUCAAGAUAUUGACGGCUGUGUGAAAGGCCUUGCAAUCGUCCAUCCUGUUAUUGCUACAGAGAUUGUAGGUCAGCUUGGAGAACUCUUCCAACAAACACCUGCUGACAUGUUCCUUGAACUUCUUGAAGAGUCAACAAUCCUGGACACCUUGUCUUACAGUAAAGGCUACAUUCAGGCGGUUUGCAGAGAUUUGAUGGUAAGGAGACUGAGGAAAGAGUAUGGAGAUGAUAGAGAUACUGACUUUGCUCCUUUCAUUGAAGAAGUAUAUGCAGAGGAUAGAGCGAAGGCAUACAAGAUCAUGGAAGUUGGCAUCAAGAAAUUCCAAGACCCAUUCAUAGCACAACAGAAGGCUCAACUUCACAGCAAGCGAGAAGAUGAUUUUGAUAAUGCAGAACAAGCCAUCAAUAUAGCACUUAGCAUUGUCAGCAAGAACCCAUAUUUGUGGGACACAAAAGGAAUCAUCCUUCGACAGAAGAUGACACAGUAUGAGCACAGGUUGGACCAAGAAGUUAUCAGUGACUGUGAAAUGAAGGAGCUGUUGAGUACUUUCAAUGAAUCUUGUGCAGCAUUUCAAAAUGCUCAGAAGGCUAUGGAAGAAGAUAAAGGAAGAAGGAAUUAUGCUGGCUUUGUCGGUGAAAUCACCACCAUUGGUCGAUUCCUGGAAAUAGUACAGAAGAGGGUGAGACCUUUCUGUUCCAGGAAUACAGGAUUGGAGACUUUGAGGAGGUAUCUAAUGACGGAAUAUAUUCCUCCUGAUCUCACCCUACCUUCACUCCUUGAAUUCAGUGAUACCAUGAAAUCAUUGUCAAAGAGAGUUGAUGAAGUGCUUGGGCGUUUCACUGACUAUCUUGUUCAUUGUGCACAGCAACGAUUUGGUGGAGCCUCGUACAGAAUCUAUGAUGACAAAUUGGAGAAAAUCUACACUGCCAAACACCGCUUCUUCGCUCUGUCGUCUCCACAGCUUGAAGAUGUACGUGUGCAUGCACAGUACCCAGUGGAAACUGCUUAUGCAAUGAGACGAUCUGAAGUGAAAAGGAUGAAUGCGGAUGGAUACCAACAGAUCUUUGACAUGGCCUCAAAGAAGAAAGUGGGCGAUCUCAAACAGGCUCAAGCUUUGCUCAGGCAAAACCUUAGAAGUCCAAGUCUGUUCGACAUCAAGAACUUUGUGUUUACCCUCUUUGCCUUGUCAGUCUGUUCCGAUGAAGGAUUAGAUGAGGAGGAGGCCAGAAAGUCAGUGAACAUCUUGAAGAUGAUGGAGGGAAAAAACGAUGGGUUCUAUGGCUUGUUCUUUGAGAUGCUGUUGAAUUGGCCCGAUGGCAGACCCAGAGAAGGAAGCAAACCAAUCGGAGAGACAAUUAGGCAGCUGAAUGCUAGGUGGACUGGUAGAUACCGCAAUAAGGUGUAUGUAGAGUCUCGACACGACCUGCCAAGACGAUCCAGAAUUCGUCAAAAUUACAGCCCCCUUAAGCCUGCCACAGAGUUCUACCUUGGACUUCAGAAUAAGAAAUCCCAAUUUGUCCACAGGAAGUCCCUUGGACGAGUCACGUAUGACAUAUGGAAAGAAGACUCCAUCAAGAAGAGACUCAGGCGAUUGGAUGGUGUCCUAGACAGCAAGCACUUUGUCUUGUACAACCCGGAUGGAGAAGAACCGGUGAAGAUCACUCUGUCUCUUCCCAUCAAGGGUGUACCUAGCCAGGAACCAGUUCAGUUUUACCUAGGGUUCUCAUUUGCUGGCCCUCUUGCGUAUGAUGUAGUGUACAAGGACAACAGAGAGACCCCCUUCAUUGCAAAAGAAAGUUCUACAAACUACACUUCAUACGUCAAUCAAAUUGCUGAUAUUAAUGAGCGCCCUGUAAGCUAUGACUCCUAAAGUUCUAUGUGAUAUCAAGAAGCUUAGUUUCUAACGAAUAUGUUGCUUAGAAAAUACACACGUGAAGAUGUCCUCAGUUCAGGGGCGUAAA